UUACAAAGACAAAAGAAGCAGGCAGCAUUUUCAUUGUCACUGGGAAAAAAAGAAGAAAAGAAAAGGAGAACAGAGAGUUCGUUUUCUCUGUCGUUCAGAUCCAAAUCUCUGCCUGCUUUACUCUUCUUAGAUCUCCGAAUUCCAACUUUUGGAUCUUCAACUGCAGAUCUUAGAUUUGAAAAGAAAUUCGGUUUAAUUCCGUGUAGCCGUAGUUCGUUGAUUGAUUUAUUUGCAGCGUUUAAUUGAUUGGAUCUGAUUCGAGCUCUCUACAAAACUUUCAAUCCUGGACCCAAUCAUGAAUCCUUUCUCGUCCGGUACUCGUCUACGGGACAUGAUACGGGCUAUACGUUCUUGCAAAACUGCAGCAGAAGAACGUGCUGUUGUAAGGAAAGAGUGUGCUGCUAUUCGUGCUGCUAUUAGUGAAAAUGAUCAAGAUUAUAGGCACCGUAACCUGGCAAAGCUCAUGUUCAUUCACAUGCUUGGAUAUCCCACUCAUUUUGGCCAAAUGGAGUGCCUGAAGUUGAUUGCGUCUUCUGGAUUUCCAGAGAAGAGGAUUGGAUAUCUUGGUCUUAUGUUGCUUCUUGAUGAAAGACAAGAGGUUCUGAUGUUGGUAACAAAUUCAUUAAAGCAAGAUCUCAAUCAUUCAAACCAGUAUAUUAUAGGACUUGCUCUCUGUGCUUUGGGAAAUAUUUGUUCGGCUGAAAUGGCCCGUGACCUUGCACCAGAAGUAGAAAGAUUGCUGCAGUUUCGAGAUCCAAAUAUCCGGAAGAAAGCAGCAUUGUGUUCCAUACGGAUCAUAAAAAAAGUUCCAGACCUUGCUGAAAACUUUAUAAAUCCUGCUGCUUCACUACUUAGAGAAAAGCAUCAUGGAGUCCUAAUAACAGGAGUUCAACUUUGUACCGAUCUAUGUAAAGUCAGUUCAGAAGCCCUUGAAUAUUUUAGAGAGAAAUGUACUGAAGGUUUGGUCAAAACUCUGAAGGAUAUGGCAAACAGUCCCUAUGCACCUGAGUAUGACAUUGCUGGCAUUACAGAUCCUUUCCUUCAUAUAAGAUUGCUUAAGCUUCUGCGGAUAUUGGGCCAGGGAGAUGCUGAUGCUAGUGACUGUAUGAAUGACAUACUUGCUCAGGUAGCAACAAAAAUCGAGUCAAACAAAAAUGCCGGAAAUGCUAUUCUUUAUGAAUGUGUUGGAACCAUUAUGAGCAUUGAAGAUAAUGGUGGCUUACGUGUGCUUGCCAUCAAUAUCUUGGGAAGAUUCUUGUCAAAUCGUGACAACAAUAUCAGAUAUGUUGCAUUAAAUAUGCUUAUGAAGGCUAUUACAGUGGAUGCUCAAGCAGUGCAGAGACAUAGGGCAACAAUUUUGGAAUGUGUAAAGGAUUCAGAUGCUUCAAUUCGAAAAAAGGCACUUGACCUUGUAUACUUGCUGGUGAAUGAAAGCAAUGUGAAGCCUUUGACUAAAGAGUUAAUUGAAUCUUUGGAAGCAAGUGAUCAAGAAUUUAAGGGAGUUCUUACUGCCAAGAUUUGCUCUCUUGUUGAAAAGUUUUCCCCAGAGAAAAUUUGGUACAUUGAUCAGAUGCUCAAGGUUCUUUCCGAGGCUGGAAAUUUUGUUAAAGAUGAAGUGUGGCAUGCCCUUAUCGUUGUCAUAAGUAAUGCUUCUGAUCUCCAUGGAUAUUCAGUCAGGGCAUUGUACAGAGCAUUCCAAACAUCAACAGAACAGGAAACCCUUGUUCGAGUUGCAGUUUGGUGUAUUGGUGAAUAUGGUGACAUGUUGGUGAAUAAUGUCGGGAUGCUUGAUAUUGAAGAGCCAAUAACUGUAACAGAGUCUGAUGCUGUGGAUGCUUUAGAGGUUUCUAUUAAGCGCCUUAAUUCCGAUCUCACUACUAAAGCAAUGGCUUUGAUUGCUCUGUUAAAGCUCUCUUCUCGUUUUCCUUCUUGUUCAGAGAGGAUCAAGGAUAUAAUACUCCAGAAUAAACGAAGCUUUGUGCUUGAGUUGCAACAGAGAUCUAUUGAAUUUAAUUGCAUUCUUCAGAAGCAUCAGAACAUUAGAUCUGCACUGGUUGAGAGGAUGCCAGUUUUGGAUGAGGCAACUUUCAGUGGAAGGAGAGCUGGCUCGUUGCCGACAUCUGUUUCAACUUCCACUGGGACAGCACGUAAUCUUCCAAAUGGAAUUGCUAAACCAGCUGCAGCUCCUGUUGCAGACUUACUUGACCUAAGUUCAUCAGAUGCCCCUGCACCUAGCUCUUCUGGUGGUGAUUUUCUUCAGGAUCUUCUUGGUGUUGAUUUAUCCCCUGCUUCUGCACCACCAGGCACAAGUCAGCCUCCAAAAGCUGGUACGGAUGUUCUGCUGGAUCUUUUGUCAAUUGGAACAUCUCCUCCUGCACAAAGCAGCUCAUCUGCAUCUAACAUAUUGUCCUCCAUUCAAGACGACAAAGCAUCACUUGUCAAUUUAAAUGGCCUUGCAUCACUUACGUCACUUUCUCCAAAUGCCACUUCUGCAAGUCCUGCUCCAAUGAUGGAUUUAUUGGACGGGUUUGGCCCCAGUCCUCAAAAGAAGGAGGAAAAUGGACCAGCUUAUCCUUCAUUAGUUGCAUAUGAGAGCAGCACUCUAAGGAUGACAUUCAACAUCUCAAAGCAACCAGGAAACCCACAAAUAACUUUGAUCCAAGCUAUUUUUACAAAUCUGUCACCUAAUGUUUAUAAUGAUUUUCUUUUCCAGGCGGCAGUUCCUAAGUUUCUUCAGCUGCAUUUGGAUCCUGCUAGUAGCAAUACUUUGCCUGCAAGUGGUAAUGGGUCCAUCAUUCAAAGUAUGAAAGUCACUAAUAGCCAACAUGGGAAGAAAUCGUUGGUCAUGCGCAUAAGGAUAGCUUACAAGAUAAACAACAAAGAUGUUUUAGAAGAGGGGCAAGUCAGCAAUUUCCCUCGCGAUUUGUGAGGAUGAUUGAUCCAGAGAUGCUGAAGAUAUUCAUGUACCACCUUUCCUUUUUCUUUUAACUCUCAGAAACUUCAUCUCACAAUUUGUAGUGAUAUAGACUGGUAAUGCAAUCUUUUUGUUUCAAAUCUUGUAACCGUGGGGGAACAUAAGAUUUUGUUGGGGUUUGUGUUGUGUUGUGUUGAUUCUUCAAAAUUUUUCUCAUCUUAGGUGAUUUUAUGUAUAUUAUCAUCUUCAUUAUUAUUUCA